AUGGCAGAGAAGAGUAUUAGUGCAUGUGUGGAACAGCAUGUGAUGAUGAAGUUUUUUGUGAACAAAUGCAUAAAACUCACAGACAUCUACAAAAGACUGCAGGCACAGUACAAUAAUGAGACACCCAGUCACAUUGUGCCAGUGCUCUUUACCAAAGCGUUGCAAAAUGUGGAAUCUGAAGCCGGGGGAAAGGCCAUCUUGCACUGUGAGACUUCCAGGCCCGAUGCUCCCAUUGAAUGGAGGAAAGGAGCCGUAGUCCUUCAACCCGGUGCCAAGCAUGAGAUGCGCCAGAAAGGCACCACUGUUGAGCUGAUCAUUCAUGAUUUGGAGCCUGAGGAUUGUGGGUCCUACACAUGCAGCACUGGAGACGAGCAGUCCACCUGCUCCGUCUAUGUACAAGAAGAAGAGGAACUGCAGAUAGUUUCUGGUUUAAAGAACACAGACGUCUUUGCGGGGGAAUCGGCCACCUUGACCUGCGUGCUCUCGCGCCCCAGUGUGCAAAGCGCACAAUGGUGGCUGGACGGUUCUCCCCUCCAGAACAGCCCCCUGAACGAAAUCUCUGUCCAAGAUGGAAAAACCCACACGUUGACACUGAAGGAUCUGGGGCCUAACGAUUCUGGAAUUGUGACCUUCCGAGCCGGCCCCCUCAAAUCCUCCGCUAAAUUAUUAAUCAAAGAUCCAACCAUUGAGGUGGUCAGCCCCAUGAAGGACCUUACUGUUGACGAGGAUGGCACGGCCGAAUUCAUCUGCCAGUACUCCCGGCCGGUGGAGGCCAAGUGGAUGAAGAACGACCAGGAGGUCUAUGCCGAUGGCCGGCGGAUAACCAUUGAGCAGGACUGGAAUGUGGCCAGGCUUAAAAUCCAGCCAGCUCUUCCCACGGACACUGGCAUCUAUUCUUGCGAAGCCGGAGGCACCAAAGUGGUGGCCAUGCUCGAUGUCCAAGCCAAGAACACCAUCAUCCAAAGCCUGGAGAAUGUUGACGCCAUGGAAGGCGGUGAAGCUCUGUUUGAAUGCUACCUUUCCAAGCCAGAAUGCUACAACUACAACUGGCUGAUUGAUGACGAACCAGCCAAAACCUCUGAGAACAUCGAGAUGGUUUAUUUUGAAAAUGGGCUCCGCCAUCUCCUUCUCUUGAAGAACCUCACUCUGCAAGACAGCUGCAGGGUGACUUUCCAAGCCAGUGAUGUGGUGACGUCGGCCUUCCUGACUGUGAAAGGAUGGCGUCUUGAAUUCUUGCAGUCGUUGACAGACACCACAGUCACCGCUGGGGACCAAGCGGUCUUCACUUGUGUUUUAAGUGAAGCAGUGCCAGUCCAUGAAGUUGCUUGGUACAUUAAUGACGUGGAUAUCCAAUCAGAUGAAACCUGGGGGAUCCAGGCAGAAGGAAAUACGUAUACACUCAUACUCAAGAAAGCUCAACCACAUCAUUCUGGGGAAGUGACCUUUGCUGCGAGGGACGCCAUUGCAUCUGCCAAGUUAUCCAUCAUAGCCCUCCCUGACCCUCCUGAGGAGCCGGAGAUCUUAAGUAAGACCAGCCAUUCGGUCACCUUGUCCUGGUUCAAGCCACUCAACAAUGGGGGCAGUGACAUCCUCGGCUACCAGGUUGAAAGGAAAAGCCCAGGCAGUGACUGGCAGCCAUGCCACACCGGAGUCAUCCCCAGCACAGAGUUUGUGGCGGACAGUCUCACAGCGGGACAGACCUACAGAUUCCGCAUUUCCGCUGUGAGCAAAGGGGGUGCUGGCAAGCCAGUGCAUUUGCCUCAAAGUGUGCAGCUAGUUCCAGAGGCAAUUUCCGUCACUCGGCCAUUGGUGGACAAGUCUGCCGUGGAAGGGGAGAAGACUCGCCUGGAGUGCGAAUUAUCCAGCGAAGCCCAAGAUGUAACUUGGUUCAAGGGAAAAGAACCGGUCCAGCCAGGAGGGAGAUACGAAAUCAUCUCGGAGGGCAGGAAACAAACUCUCGUCAUUCAUAGUUUCAAACCUGAUGAUCAAGGGUCCUAUACCUGCAUGGCAUCUCCAGAUGUCAAAACAUCUGCCAGUCUUUCUGCAGAAGUCUCCACAGUGUCGAUGCUGAAAGCAGUCGCUGAGGAAACACCAAAACCUGCAGCUUUGGGGGAAGCAGAAGAUGAGCAGACGCAGCCCAGCUUACCACCUGAAGCUGCUCAAGAGGGUGACCUUCACCUUCUCUGGGAAGCUCUGGCCAAGAAGCGUCGGAUGAGUCGGGAGCCAACCUUGGACUCAAUCAGCGAACUGCCAGAAGAAGAUGACAAACUUCAGAAACGCAAGAAGGAGGAAGCUGAGAUGGGACAGUACUACUCCGAAGAGUAUUCCACAUGCGAUGAAUCAGCCAAAGCAGGAGAAGCCGAUUUCUCUCUCACCAGUUCAGAUGAUGAGUCCAGAUCUGGCACACCUUCCCUGAUCACGUAUCUUAAAAAGGCGGGCACACCCGGUGUUAGUGUCACCACCAAAGUCCAGACCAUUUCCACUGAGAAAAUCUAUAAACAGUGGGAGAUGACUGGCACCGAGGCAGCUCCUCUGCCUAAGCCAACCGAACCAGAAGUGAUGGAAGGAGAUUUGGAUGAUCCUUCCAUGGCUCAGGCAGCUGUGAAGAUCCAAGCUGCUUUCAAAGGGUAUAAAGUGAGGAAGGAGAUCAAGCAGCAAGAAUGUCCAGUGUUUGUGGAGACCUUCAAAGACUUCUUUGGUGAACCAGGGGGUAACCUACACUUUGAAUGUGUGGCCCAAAGCAAGACUGAUAUGAAAGUCCGCUGGCUGAAAGAUGGCAAUGAAAUCUUUGAUGGGCGCCAUUACCACAUUGACAUUUACAGUGAUGGGACCUUUUCCUUGAUCAUCACUGGCCUGGAAAUGGACGAUAUGGGCAAAUACACGUGUGAAGUGUCCAACAAGUUUGGCAGCAUCUCCCAUAGUGCCAAGGUGACAGUGAAGCCCCCUCCCCAAGUGCCGGUACGCAAGCACAAGCCUGCCAAAAAGCUUCCUGAGAGUGAGACAGAGAGCUCCUCUGGCAGUGAGUUGGAUGAUGCCUUCCGCAAAGCAGGAAGGAGGCUUCAUAAGCUGUUCAAAUCCAAAAUCUCCACCGAGAUCUCAGACGUGGAGGAGGAACUCUUUGUCAGUGCUGAUGAAGGAGAGAUAGAGGUGGUUGACCAUCAAACCUACCGUGAAGAUGAAAGAUACAUCUACAUCAAGUUUGAAAUUAUGUUUGAGGCCAAAACAGCCGCGAACCGGUUUAGAGAGAUGUUCGCCGCUAUGGGCAUCCCUGUUGAGAUUGACAUCUUGGAUCAGGGCCCCAAGAAGAUAGAGCUGCGUAUUGGGAAAGCCACCCCACCUGCGCCAGGUCAACUCAAGAGCCUGGUGAAACGGCCACCACCUCCUUUGCUAACAUCUGAUACUGCUCCUGUCUUCAUAACUGAACUUCAAAACCAAGAGGUGCAAGAUGGUUAUCCGGUCAGUUUUGACUGUGUUGUUAUUGGCAAACCAAUCCCUACUGUCCGGUGGUUCAAGGAUGGGAGAGUCAUUGAAGAGGAUGACCACUACAUGAUCAACGAGGAUCAAGAAGGCUGUCACCAGCUGAUCAUCACAGCUGUCGUCCCACUUGACAUGGGCGUCUACCGGUGCCUGGCUGAAAACAGCAUGGGAGUCUCUUCGACAAAAGCUGAGCUACGAGUGGACUUAACCAGCACAGAUUAUGAUACAGCUGCAACAGAGACUUCAUCCUAUUACAGUGCCAAAGGGUACCUCUCCAGCCGAGAACAAGAAGGAGUAGAAUCCAUGACGGAAGAGGAACAGUUGCCUCAAAUCCUGGACGAACUUCAUGACAUUCAUGUAGCUCCUGGAGCUCGCUUUGCCAAAUUCCACCUGAAGGUUAAAGGUUACCCAGAGCCUAAGCUCUACUGGUUCAAAGACGGCCAGCCAUUGCAUGUGUCGCAACGACUGCUGAAGACCGACAAGAGAGAGUUUCAUGCUCUUGAAAUUCUUAAUGUCACAAAGGAGGAUGCUGGUGAAUACUCUGUAUUUAUUAGCAACUCGGCUGGUUCUGCUUACUCAGCUGCCAGAUUGGUUGUCAAAGAGCCUUAUGAGAAAGACGAAGAGCCAAGAAAAGACAUUGAGCAGCUGGUACCUCCACGAUUCCUUGAGAGAUUUACCAACAAAAAGGUGAACAAAGGGGUCAGCAUUACCCUUUCUGUGAAAGUUGAAGGAAGCCCACCGCCCUCCGUGACUUGGUUGAAGGAAGAGUCCGAUGGAGAAGAGAUCCUCUGGAUCAAGGCGGACACUCCAGGCUACAAACUGGCCAGUUCCAACAUGCACCACAGCCUUAUCUUGCUGGAUGUGAAAAAGGGGUACAGCGGGAACUACACCUGCAUUGCCUCCAAUCAGGCCGGCCAGUCGAUCUGCAGUGCAACACUAGAAGUCAUAGAUAUGAAGGAGGCGGAAUCCCUGACCCAGGAGCGUGUGAUGGUGACCGAAGCUAUAAUGACGUCACUUGGGUAUGAAGACAAGGAAAGAAAGGAACGCGGGGUUGGGGUUUCAGUUCAAACACCCGAAGCCCAAAAAGGAGAUGGAGAAGCCGCUCGGAGCCAUAUUUCACUUACGGAAGUUGGCACGGAGGAAUUUCUCCAGAAGCUGACCUCACAGAUCACAGAAAUGGUCUCUGCAAAGAUAAGUCAAGCCACACUUCGAGUCCCUGGAGCUGAUAGUGAUGAUGAAUCCAAAACACCAUCUCCAUCCCCAAGACAUGGCAGGUCCAGGCCUUCAUCCACUGCUCAGGAGUCUUCCUCUGAAUCAGAUGAAGGGGAUGCCAGGGGAGAGAUCUUUGACAUCUACAUGGUCACGGCUGACUAUCUGCCCAUGGGAGCCGACCGUGAAACCAUCACCCUGAAGGAAGGGCAAUAUGUGGAGGUCCUGGAUUCUGCUCAUCCUCUGAAAUGGCUGGUGAGGACCAAACCCACCAAGUCCAGUCCAUCAAGACAAGGCUGGGUUUCUCCGGCCUACCUGGAUAAGAGGUUGAAGCUAUCUACAGAGUGGGGCGUUGCGGAAAUCCCUGAGUUCCCUGGUGAAUCUGUUUCUGAGGAUGAAUAUAAAAAGAAGCUGAGCCCCAUUAUUCAGGAUUUGCUGAACUCUGAGGAAGAGUUUGUCAAGGACCUGCAGUACCUUCAGACUCAUCACAUCCAAUACACGGAGACCUGCGCCAAUGUCCCUGCCGCUGUUUCCAGCCAGAAGCUCAUUAUCUUCAGAAAUAUCACUGACUUGACACACUUCCAUUCCAGCGCUUUCUUCCCAGAGCUCCAGAAAUGUGACACGGAUGAUGACGUGGCAAUGUGUUUCAUUAAGAACGAAGGGGAAUUUGACAAAUACAUACAGUAUUUGGUGGGCCGCAUACAGGCAGAGUCAAUCGUGGUUAGUAAAGCAGUCCAGGACUUCUAUAAGCGCUACACAGAGGGAACAUUAUCCAGUGAGGAUCCUUCCCAGCCACCUAUUUUUCCUCUGCAACACUAUCUAGAGAGACCUAUCAACAGGAUCCAGAAGUAUCAAACAGUUAUCAAGGAGCUCAUCCGAAACAAAGCAAGGAAUAGCCAGAACUGUGCGCUGCUGGAGCAGGCGUAUGCAAUUGUGUCCGCACUUACGAGGCGAGCAGAAAACAACCUACAUGUGUCUCUGAUUGAGAACUAUCCAGGAACCUUAGAAAUCUUAGGGGAGCCCAUCCGACAGGGACAAUUCAUUGUAUGGGAAGGGGCCCCUGGAGCACGGAUGGCAUGGAAGGGCCACAAGCGCCAUGUCUUCCUCUUUAAGAAUUACCUCCUGGUGUGCAAACCCAAAAGAGACUCCCGGACCGACACUUACAGCUACAUCUUCAAGAACAUGAUGAAGCUAACAAAUAUAGAUGUGAAUGAUUUGGUGGAAGGGGAUGACCGGGCGUUCGAGAUCUGGCAUGAGCGGGAAGAUGCUGUCCGCAAGUAUCUCUUCCAAGCCAGAACGGUCAUCAUCAAGAACUCUUGGGUGAAGGAAAUCUGUGGGAUCCAGCAGCGCAUCAGCCUCCCUGUUUGGGAUCCACCAGACUUUGAGGAGGAACUGGCCGACUGUACAGCUGAGGUUGGAGAAACGGUCAAGUUGGCCUGCCGGGUAACAGGAACACCCAAGCCAACAGUUACAUGGUAUAAAGAUGGUAAGCCUGUGGAGGUGGAUCCCCAUCACAUCAUCAUUGAAGAUCUCGAUGGCUCCUGCACCUUGAUCCUUGACAACCUCACGGGCGUUGAUUCGGGGCAAUACAUGUGCUACGCUACUAGUCCAGCCGGUAGUGCCAGCACUUUAGGGAAGAUCCUUGUUCAAGUGCCUCCCCGGUUUGUGAACAAGGUCAAACAUGCCUACUAUGCUGAUGGUGAAGAUGCACAGUUUACUUGCACUAUUGAAGGUGCACCGUAUCCACAGAUCAGGUGGUAUAAAGAUGGAAGCCCAUUGACCGACCCAAAUAAGCACCAGAGUUUCAGUGAACCACGCAGUGGCGUAAUCGUUCUGGUGAUCAAAAAUGCCUGCAAAGAUGACAUGGGGGUCUAUGAAUGUGAGCUGGUGAACAGGUUAGGGACAGCAAAGAGUGGCGCCCAGCUCUACCAUCAGAGUGCAGCAGCAUUGGCCCAGGAGAGGAGACCGGAUCAAGCCAUUACGAUUGAAGUCACUGAACAAGAGACUAAAGUGCCCAAGAAAACCAUCAUCAUAGAGGAGACCAUAACCACAGUGGUGAAGACCCCAAGGGUAAAGCGACGGAUAUCUCCUGCCCGCCCACCUUCUAGCUAUUCGUCUUCUCACUCCCCGAGAUCUGAGUUUUCAACACCAGAACCAAUAUUUGUGACCAAGAUUAGGCAACCCACCCACCGGCACGACCCAGAAGCAAUGCAGAAGGCAGGCAUCCCUACUCUUUUUGUGACCGAGCCGGACGAAAGGCAAGGGGCAGGGGUCAGGAGUAUGAUCGUAGAAACCACUGUGGAGGAGCAGAAACCCAAGUGGGUGGAAGUAGAAGAAAUCAUUGAGUUCAAUGUGAUGAAGCCCACCCAAACGACAAGGAAGAGAGGAGCAUCUCCUGCGAGAUCAGACAGGGAUGAAUUUGGGUCGAGUUAUCCCCGGCGUGGCACCAAGCCUAGACGUUCAUCUGAAGAUGAUCCAAAUGCAAAUAACUCCAACAAUAAGUUAGUUGAGCAGGCAGAGACUUUCCUAUCCCAAGGUGCUGAGAAAGCUGGAGUGGACUACAAGGGACCACAAGUCACUACUAUAACUGAGAAAGUUCACAAAAUGUUGGAAGACAAGAGCAGCCCUCAAGAAUCCAUCAGCAAGACCAGUUCACCUCCAAAAUCCCCUGUGGUUGCCUUUGUAGCUGAGCCAUUUGAGGCCACUGUGGUGGACAAGGAUGACUGUCUACAACCACAUGAAUUUCUAAAGGAGACAGAUGAUGCUGCUGAAUGUGAUCCAGUAUGUGUAGCCAAAGAUGAACCCUCAGGUCCCAUGCAAGAUGAGUUUGUUCUUGCGGAAGAUGUUAUAAUAGAUGAACCAGAGCAGGUGGGUUUGGAUGACCUCCAACACCGAGAUCUCAAAAUCCUGACCCGUAAUGGAAAAGUGUUAACUUUUGAGGACCUGGAGGACUACGUCCCUGAAGAAGGGGAGAUGUACAGAAGUGGGGGCCCAAACUCCGCAGAAGACAGACCUUGCGAAAUUGCAGUGCUCCAGACGGAAAUUAACAAACCCACCAUUGGGAAGCCGGUUUUGCUCAACGUGGGCAGACCUGUGGUUUCUAGCCCACGGCAAACCUUUUUUAGAGAGUUUGAAGGACAUCACCCUGGAGAGGUCUUUGUGUCAGCUUCCACUAUGACAGGAGGACAGUCCAUGGGUCCAUCCAACAUCUCCUUCCAUGUCAGUGAUUCCUCCGCAGCCGCGAUGGCCACACCAGCUACACAUACAACAUCAACACCGUUCAAAUUGAGCUCAUCUUUCUGCACCGAGGUACAGCUGACUGCAGACAAUGGACAAUCCAGUUUCAAAACUGAAGUAUCCACCAGAACCCACAGCUAUGGAACGGUCGGAGAAACCGUCACGCUCUGCAUCAAGAAGGAAGACUCCUCCCAAACCCAAAAACGGGAGCCUAUUGCUGAAAUGGCAGACAAAGGUGAAAUAAGUCAAGUCUUUGCUCAAAAAGACACAGCUGUCCAGGAUGAUGGGAUUCAUGAAGAGACCAUUCCCAUUGCAAGAACUUCCCAAACAAUGGAUGGAGCAGAAGGGCAGAGUGGCGAUGGAGCGGAUAUCCUGGAGAGAGAGAGACAAUUUUAUAUGGAGACCAUUGAGAGAACCUGCAUCCCCAAAAUGGCAGAGAAAGUUGCAGCAAGCCCACCAUACAUGCAAGUGACGAUUGAGGAUGUACAAGUUCGUUGUGGGGAGAUGGCAAAGUUUCAUGCCAUAAUUGAAGGAGAUCCCAUUGUUUUGUGGUUCAAGGGCAUUUCAAUGUUGAUAGACAGUGCAAGGAUUCGUCAGUUCAACGAAGGCACAAGAUACUCCUUGAUUCUUUACAACACCAGGCCAGAAGACGGGGGAGUCUAUACUCUCGUUGCCAAAAAUUCAGCAGGGGAGGUCUUAUGCAAAGCGGAACUGAUGGUCCAAGAAGAUAAGAAAAGCCAAGAAGCCAAGAAAGAAAGUACAAGAAGAAAGCUUCAUGCCUUCUAUGAGGUCAAGCAGGAAAUAGGAAGGGGUUCCUUUGGCUUUAUCAAGAGGGUGGUCCACAAAGAAAACCGAGUGUCCUGUGCCGCCAAGUUUAUCCCCCUACGAGGCAAAAGAAGGGAGCAGGCUUAUCGGGAGAGGGACAUUCUGGCCUCUCUCUCCCAUGAGAGGAUCAUUCAGCUUCUGGAUCAGUUUGAAACACGGAAGACUUUAAUCCUCAUUUUGGAGCUCUGCUCAAGUGAAGAGCUUCUGGAAAGAUUGUUCAAGAAGAAUGCAGUGACGGAAGCAGAGGUGAAGAUAUAUAUCAAACAACUUUUGGAAGGGAUUGGCUAUCUUCAUGAAAAUCAAGUUCUUCACUUGGAUAUCAAGCCCUCAAACAUCUUGAUGGUUUAUGAUGACCGGGAUGACAUUAAGCUCUGUGAUUUUGGCUUUGCUCAGAAGAUCAACCCGUCUGAGCCUCAGUACAGCAAAUAUGGGUCUCCGGAGUUUGUCUCGCCAGAAAUUCUCUCCCAGUCACCAGUGUCAAAAGCUUCUGAUAUCUGGCCUAUUGGAGUAAUUAGUUAUUUAAGCUUGACGUGCAAGUCUCCAUUUGCUGGGGAAAAUGACAGAGCCACCCUCUUAAACAUUCAGAGUGGAAACCUUUCUUGGGAUGCUCCUGAGGUCGUUCGCCUGAGCAAAGAAGCCAAAGACUUUGUCAGAAAGAUGUUACAACCUUCUCCAGAGGCAAGACCUAGUGCAGUGGAUUGUCUUUCUCAUGCUUGGUUUCAGCACAACCUUCCACUGGAAGAAUCUCAUUUCAUCGAUACAAAGCAACUCAAAUUUUUCGUAUCUCGAAGCAAAUGGCAGCGUUCCCUUAUGAGCUACAAAGCUGUCCUGGUAAUGCGAUCCAUCCCAGACAUUUUGGAGAAAACACAUCAAAACACUUCUCUGGGCAUCUCCCGACACUUGGUGGAAGACAGCAGCUCCUCUAGUACCAGUGGGUCAUCUUCCGACAAUGAAAUUGCAGUCUCACCAGGGAGAAGACUCUUUGGUCCCACGCCAGAACUUCACCUUUCUGUGUUUGAGGAAGCAAAUUAUCCUGAAUAUCAACUCACCACUGAGAUUAAACCUUCUGAAACCUCACUGCUACUAGUCAAAGGUGGAGACCAACUGCCAAGUCCGAUGGAGGUAUCUGACUCUUCUCCAACUGGUUUGUUACUUCCAGAAGGAGCUAAAGUAGAAGGAGCUGAAGCAGGACGGUCUCCGGGAUGUAUCCCUAGGCACAGUGUCAUCAAAAGUACUUUCUACGGCCAGCCGUCUGAAAGUCUUGCAAAUGUUCCCCCAUCGCCAGGCAAAGAGCACAGAAAACACUUAGAAAGAGCCAAGAGAUCAUAUAGGAAAGCAGGAUAUUCAAAAUCAGCUUUAAGUGGCUUGCGUGAACCUCUGCUAGAGCAGUUUGGAGAAGAAGGCGUCGAAGAGAUAUCUGGUGAUGAAGAAACAGAAAGGUCCAGGGAAGGGGGACCUCCGAUGAAAAAAUCAGCUUCUUUUGAUACAGCCCAGAAAUCCCCCCGAGUUGCCUUCCCAGUUACCAGCAGAAGUCGUUCUUUGGAUGAUUACCGAAUCAGAGCUGCAAGUUUUGCUGAGGAACAAUACAUUGAGGAAGAAGAAAGUGACCAAAUCCCCCAGAGUAGUCCCAUGGUGGUAUCUCAUCAGAGACAUGCUUCUGAAGGUGGCUUCCAAAAGACGUUUGCAGGAGAAGACACAACAAAAACUCAACAGGAUUAUCUCAAGGAGCAGCCACAACUUGGCAUGAAGCAGAGCUCAGUUUUGAGCACACAACAGCAAAAGAAAGCUUCGAUUGCAACACAGCUCCCUGGAAAAGGAGAGGGAUUACCUCAAGACACAAAGUUGCCUUCAUCCACACAGAUAGAAAAGCCUGUUUCCGGAGGUGGACUAAUGUAUCAAGAAGAUAUAGCCUCAGGGUUGGUCCACAAGCAUGAAGGUAAGGUCAAGCAGUUACUUCAGACACCUAAGGAUGCCAUUCCAAAAGGAGAAAGUGUUGUUUUCACUGAUGGACAGUCUCUCCCAAUGGUCCCCCAUGGCAGCGAAAGGGGGAAACACCUUCUUCAAGAGACAAAAUUGGCACCUUCACAGAAGGAAGAAGGAGUUCCCCAGAGUGUAAGACCUUCUCUUCUAAAGUCUUUGGAUAUUCAAGGGAAACAUCAAGCUGGGAUUCCUUCUGAUCAGGUCAAGAUGCAACAAGUCACUACGGCAAAGGGCAAGAGCCUGAAGGUCCCAGAGACUGUGCAGGUGGUUGGAGCCCAUUCAGUAUUAGACCAGAAGCCUUCAAUUUCCACCAAAAUGGCACCAGGUAUGCCUUUCUCACAAGCAGAAGUGUCUGCUUCAUCCAUACCUGGAAGGAAAGAGCCUUCGGCUGUUGCAAAAUCAACUGUGUUAGAGGGGCAAGUCCCAUCUACUUCUCAAGCAAAGUCUGCUCCAAGUUCUAUCUCAGAAAUCAAAAGCCAGAAACAGUUAUACCAAGCACCUGUCAUGCCCAGUAAGACAAAAUUACCUGAUAUAAAAGGCCAGGUCCCUUUUGGUAUAGAGACAGUGCCUGUUCACAUCCCUGGGGGAGAAAGCCAACCAAUUUCACAGCAGAAACCCGCUAUUUACAGUGGGGUGGUUUCUGGUGUCCUCCAAAAUAUUCCUUCAUUUUCUCAAGGUGCUUUCCAAGCCCAAAUCUCCUCUGUAGGAAUGGCUCAUGAAGAAAAGGGCUCAUCCUCAAAGCCUUCAAUUUACAGAGAAGCCAUGCCUGUUCCUAGUGACGUUAGAAGUUUCCCUCAAGAAGGAGAACGUGUCUAUAGAUUGAUCCCAAGGGGCCAAGGGGCAUCUGCUUCAGGCUUCUCUCAAGGAAAAAUGGGACUAUUUUCAACUGUUGGGGAAGAAUUUCCUAUUUUGCUAGCAAAGCCUUCCAUUGCUGUAGGUGAAAGAAGAGAAAGAGAAGGCCUAUCUCCGAAACCCUCAGUUUACAGUGACAGAGAGGCUGAAGAUCUAGACUAUCUAGUAGAUGAAAUGGUUUGCUUGUCAGAAGAGAUGACUGCUUUGGCAGAGUCAGUUUAUGAACAAGAGGGAUUUGAGAGGGAUGUCUCUCCAUCCAGAGGAAUGAGGCACAUCUCUCCGCCAAGGGAGAUGGUCUUCCAAGGCUCUCCUGGGCAACGUGGAAGAGGAACAGCCAGGUAUCUUGUGCGCCGAGGGAAAAGAGAAGGGGGCAUUGGAUUAGCAGAUCCCUCAGAAGUAGACGUUGUUUAUCCUGGAGAAGAAGAUCUUUUCAUGACCAAAAAAGCAAGGAUGUCUCCCUCUUAUGUAGGCCAUGCCUUGGGUUAUGGAGGUGAAGAAAUGCCGAUGGACUCUCAGCUUGCUAGUUCCGAUUUUUGGGACAGAUUCUAUUAUGCGGGCAGUCAAGGAAGUGGCCAGAUGUACAACCGGAUGUAUGAGAUUGCUUUGGUGCAGAUCCAAGAUCUCUCAGAAGACAUGCCCCAUCCUGACAGCAAGACAGCCAAGUUUGACAUCUCUGAGGUGGAGCCUGCUUUCCUCAAUCUCUAUGAACUCUACGACAUUGUCUACUUCCCAUUUGAGUUCCUCAGCUUCAGGAAAUCCCCCGAGAAGUUACCCAGGAAAAGGCGUUUCCCAUUGGGAAGGUUGCAACCUGGGAUCCAAGCUCAUGUGCAUCAGGAGAAGAAAAUAUGUGUCAGGGAAGACAAUCUGCAAGAAGAGGCUAUGAUAAGGGAAAUGCACAAAGAUGAAGAGAAAACUGCAUCUACUCCUGAGUUGGAGACAGUGUCAAGACAAACCCAAGCACCCACGAUAGGGAAAAGGUCUGAUUCAGAAGGAGAUAUCCCCGUUGACUCCCAACAGAUUUAUGUCCUCUCAGAAGAUCCAACAGGGAAGAGAAGGAGCUCCCUCCAGAGCAGAUUGGGGCGCUUCAAACCUUUUGUCAGGUCUCAAUCCAUGGAACUGGUAGAGCAAAGCCUAAAGAAAAAGAUGAAAGCCUCAGUUGCCCAUCUUUCCAGGAUGUUGACGAGAAAAUCCUCUUCUGAUGAGGAAAGCAGGGCAGACUCCGAAGAGCGGAAGAGCGAGGUACAGGAGCGGGUGUCCUUGCCAGAGUCUCCUGGAAGUGCAAAGAGGAGACUCGCUUUCCCUUCAUUCACUCUGCCAAGCCUCAAGAUGAAGGAGAAAGCACCAUCUUUUGUAGAAGAGCUUACUGACCAGACCAUUUCCUUGGGGCAAUCUUUAACGCUCUCCUGUCGGACAUCGUCUCGUUCGUCUCCUCGUAUUGAAUGGUUCAAAGAUGGAGCAGCCCUUCGUAGCACCGACAGGAUCCUAAUUUCAUCCACGCUCAAACAUUACCAGCUUUUAACAAUAUUAGCAGCUACGAGAGAGGAUUUCGGCACUUACACCUGUGUGGCCACCAACUCCCAGGGCACAAUUUCUACUUCCUGCGUAAUAAGGAGAGCAGAGGCACCUUCCAAUCCACCAGCUCCUGAUAUUGUUGAUGUCCUUGAAGAUGGAGUGCAGCUGGCUUGGGAGCCCGUGGACCUGAAAACCCCCGUGACCUACUCUGUUUUGUGCAAAAAGGAUGAUGGAGAAUGGAAGACUUUGGCCAGCGACAUCGCCGACUGCUGCUAUACCGUGGAACAUCUCCCCGAGGGCUUGGUCUACUCCUUCCGGAUUGCCUGCGUCACCAAAGCUGGCGUGGGUCCCUACAGCAACCCAACGGCCAAAGUGAAAAUUGGCGAAAGGGAUCAAGAAGCAUUCCAGGCUCAAGAGGCGGCGGACGACAAAAUGACGGCUCCAGCUCAGCCUACCCACCAGACCUAUGCCUUCCAGACAGAGAUUAAAAGAGGUCGCUUCAGCAUCACUAAACAGUGCCGAGAAAAGCUCAGCGGGAACCCCUUGGCUGCCAAAAUCAUCCCUUACAGGCAAGAAAACAAGGAGGCCGUGCUCAUGGAGUAUCACAUUCUGCGGAAACUUCACCACACCAACAUUGGGCAGCUGCAAGGGGCUUAUGUCAGCCCAAGGCACUUGGUGCUGAUCAUGGAGCUUUGCGUUGGGCCCGAACUCCUGAAUGCUUUGGCUGGAAGGUCAUCCUACUCAGAGGUGGAAGUCAGAGACUAUCUCUGGCAGAUUCUCAGUGCAGUCGAGUAUCUCCAUGCUCAGAAUAUCCUGCACUUGGACCUAAGGUCGGAAAAUAUGAUUAUCACCGAGCCGAAUCUGCUUAAAAUCCUCGACUUUGGCAAUGCCCAGUUCUACACGCCAGGCCAAGUCAUUACCUUGGAUGGGUGUACCGACUAUGUGGAAACGAUGGCUUCAGAACUUCUCUCAGACAAAGGAGCUGUCCCUCAAACGGACAUCUGGUCUGUUGGUGUUACAGCCUUUAUCAUGUUAAGUGCUGAGUACCCCAUCCAUUCCGAGGCUGCCUGCGACUUUGGGAGACUUGUCAAGCGAGAGAAAGUCAAGCUGAACAAAUGCUAUGCCGGUCUUUCUGGGGGCGCAGUCUCGUUCCUCCAAAGCACACUUUCCUCUAACCCAUGGAGGCGGCCAACAGCAUCUGAAUGCCUCCAGUCUCCGUGGCUGCAAGAGACGGGCCUGGAUGAGAGGCAGCAGGCGACGGUGUCAUUCUCCACCACCAAGCUGAGGAAUUUUAUGGCUGAACGGGAAAGAAAAAGAGCUCUGCUCUGCUCAAAGUACGGUGUCAUGGCCGUGUAGUAAAGCACAGGCACACCUGAAUUCAAAGACAUGGCUGUAUAUUCAUCAGGAAUAUCAGUAUGCAAAGGGAGAUGGUAGAACCUUGGAGACUAGCUAAGAGAAAGAAGUUGUAACAUAAGCUUAGUCCACGUUCCCAGAUGCAUGGAGACCAUCUUGGUUCCUGUUUAUCCUCCCUUUACAAAUGCUCACUCCAAAGAUUUGACACCUGCUGUUUAAUAAUUUUUGGAUAUUGCAAUGGGCAAGCUGUUUGAACAAGUCAGCACCUUGUUUGCCUCUUUAGAUAGGUCCAGUUGCAAUAUCUGCUGUAUCUUCAUUAAGGGGUGGAUGUCACUUCAUAGUUCAUGGAGAGGUCUAUCUUAUUUUGCAAUGCUUUCUUUCUGUAAUUAUCAUAAUAGACAACUGAAUGAAGCACAAGUUGGCAUGAGUCAAAGCACGCCAACGUGUUGGCAUAGUUAGGUGUGCCAAUAAUUGUAAGCUUAGUAGGUUUCUAAUGGCGGUUCUGUGAUAGGGUUUUUUGUUUUUUUGACUGAGUGAGCUUUCAGACCCAAAGUAUUAUUCAUUUGUCUCACACGUCAUGGACUCCACUUUGUAGCCCCAUUUCUUAAGGUUGGCUCUGCAUCUC